UGACCCUCACAGCUUUACUACAAACCUAUCUCUGUCGCUGUGGUUUUGAUUUGAUAAAUUUAAAAAGCAAAACCCCCAAGCUUUUACUCUACCUCUCUCUGCUCUAGGGUUUUAGGGCUUUUAAGGAUUUCUCUUCUUGAAAUCUGCAAGUCCAGAAAUCUGUCAUGGAUAGGUAUCAGAGGGUCCAAAAGCCCAAGCUCGAGUCGCCGAUAAACGAGAAUGAGAUCCGAAUCACCACCCAAGGUGCCAUCAGGAACUACAUCAGCUAUGCCACCACUCUUCUCCAGGAAAAACGUGUUAGAGAGAUUGUUUUGAAAGCAAUGGGACAGGCAAUCAGCAAGACAGUAGCCAUUGCAGAGAUUUUAAAGAAGAGAAUCCCAGGUUGCAUCAAGAAAUUGCCAUUAGCUCAGAAAGCAUAACUGACAUAUGGGAACCCAUUGAAGAGGGUCUCGUACCUGUGGAGAUGACUCGCCAUGUCUCAAUGAUUGCAAUCACCUUAUCUCCUAGAGAGCUAAACAAAAAUUCUCCCGGGUACCAAGCUCCACAUUAUGCUGAACAACCGAAGCCACAAUCUACUUAUCAGCAGCAACAGCCAGCUAAACAAGCACGUGCCACAUACAAUGCUGUUAAUGAAGAUUCAUAUGGCCGAGGACAGGUUCGUGGGAGAGGGAGAGGACGGAAUUGGGGCAGGGGUGGAUACGGAAACUAUCAAGGUGGAUACGGACACUAUCAAGGUGGAUAUGGAAAUUAUCAAGAUAAUGGUGGAUAUUCAAACCGGGGCCGAGGUGGUGGGCGAGUCCGAGGUUGGGGUUAUCACAGUACUGGGUAUGAAAAAGGUAGAGGUGGAGGGGGCAGAGGAUAUGGUGGGCGAGGCCGGGGACUGAUGGGUGGCCGUGGACGGGGUGGUGGGAACCAGGCAUAAAAAGAACUGUUCUCCUUGCUUUAGCUGAAUGUUUGCCUUGGCCUAUGGGUUCAAUCUAUAAUGGUUACAGUUCUAAUAGCGUGAAAUGUGGUUCACAAUGUCCAGCAUUAUUGUGCAGUGUCUGUGUUUUCACUAUAUGGAUAGGGGCAAGGUUGUUCUGUUCAUAUUUUGCGUACAGCGGAAGAUCAAUAUGGUUGGUUUAUGAUUGCCAUAAUUCAUGUGGUUGCCAAUACCCUUUUGUAUUUAUUCCAUGUCUUUAUUUAUUUUCUUCUCCAUUGGUCUCCUUGUACUCUUUGUGCCAUGAAGUCCGCUAAAGCCCAAUAAAACUAGGCCACUUGUGUCUACUUUAUUAAGUGAUGAAAAAGAGGGAGUACCUUUGGACAUGAUGUGGUGUACACCAGAUAAAAUUAUUGAGUUUU